UACCAGCCUCAACUUCUGCAUUCUUACACAUCUGUUGGAAGGAGUACAUCGCUGAAGGAGUCAAAAUGAAGAAACCUGCUCUUCUCCCUGCAGCUCUGCUGCUGCUGCUGGGGAUUUUUUGGAUGUCCGCUGCGAGUUCUAAUCAAACUCCCUUCAGUGUGCAGGUGAGAACACCCACUGAAAAUAAGUCCUACAAGACUUAUGCUGCUGUUAAUGGGAGCCUCUUUGGGGGACUGGUGAGACUGCAACAAGCAAACCCAAACUUCAACUUUACCUACACACCCAAUGACGACUAUGGACCAUUCCUCCAGAAUGUGAAUGGUUUGGCAGGAGAUUCAUCACACUACUGGCAACUGCUGAGUGGCGACACCCCGCUUAAUGUUGGUAUGGGAUGUUACCUUCCGAAUGCAAAUGAGGUCAUCACCCUGAAAUACACCAAAUUUUAAGAUUUGAUAAAGUCUCCUUCUGACUUAUAGACAACCAAUAUGCACUGGCCGUUGGCAGGUUGAGGUGAAUGCUUGGCUUUUUGGGUAAUUUUUUUUCUCUGGGAUCCUAUUCAUGACAAAAUACAUUGAAAAUGUUCCAAUCAUAAAUCAGUAGCCUAUCACUUGGUUUUAUGUUAAACUCUUGGAAGUAAUGGCAUGAAAAAUGUGCCAAACUCAGUACAGGUUUACCCAUGCAUUUUAUUUUUAAAAUGGUUCAUUCAAAUCCUUAAAAUUGGCUGGACAUUUAGAGGAUUUGGUUUUUUCAAGUCGUCAGGAGCAUAAUAUCCUUGAACUUGCAUUUUCUGACAUUCACUGUCUGCAAUCAGUUGCAAAACCUAACGACAACUUUUUUUUGAGAUUUUUUUUGGGCUAAUUUUUCAAUCAACCAUCCUUCAACAGAUAAAGAUCAAAUUAAUUGUUGAUUCAUUUUUA